ACGCAGACCCCAGUAUCGAUGGAAAACAGGCUCCGUCCCGCAGCAGACAUCAUCAAUCGUAUCAUCUGGGAUUCCAAUUAUGAUAGUGCGAACUACAUCAUUGGAUAUGAGGAUCGAUUCGAAGGACGCUUGGAGGUUGGAAUUGGUUCAUGGAAGAAGGAAUCGACGGACGAGGAAUUUAUUCCGCAACAUCGAGUGCUAUACAUCAAGCGCAAGUCCGACGGGGAAAUCAUGUGGGAUCGAAGACGAAGGAUCGAUAAACUGUUUCUCAGUGGGAAUUCGGCCUUUGACUUUUUGGCCUUCUUGAGCUGA